GUGUGUGUGUGAACAGCAGCACGAGCUGCAGCACGAGCAGCGGCAGAAGCGCGCGUCUCUCUCUCUCUCUCUCUCUCUCACACAUUCACACUCACACACAAACACACGGAACUCGCUCACUCACUCUGUCCGUGGCUAGGGAGCGCACCGCGUUGUGCGCGCGCCGCCGUUUCGCCACACGGGAAGGUUUGCGGUUCCGCGCGCGGCUGCACGAGCUGAAGACUUUUCUCUUUUUUGGGGGGUCGGUUUGUUUGUUUUUGGUUUUGUUCUGCAGUACAUUGGCGCGUGCUGUCUCUUCAUCUACUCAUGGAUUCGAUGCUGCUCUUCUUCCUCUCCUCCUUCUUCUCCUCCGCGGUGUCCGCGAUCGGCCACUUCGCCACGGAAUGCUACACGGUGAACGGUGAGGAUUAUCGAGGGCAGCAAAACCAGACGAGUGUUCACGGAGGAAAGCCGUGUCUUUUCUGGAAUGAAACUUUCCAGCAUCCGUACAACACGCUGAAGUAUCCCAACGGAGAGGGAGGACUGGGAGCUCACAACUUCUGCAGAAACCCAGAUGGAGAUGUUCAGCCAUGGUGCUACAUUGCAGACCAAGAAGACGGGACAUACUGGAAGUUCUGCGAGAUUCCGAGUUGUCAGAUGCCAGGGAUUCUGGGAUGUUUUAAGGAUAACGGUGAUCCUCCUCCUCUCUCUAAGAGCUACCAGACGUCUCAGAAGCUCACUGUGCAGAGCUGCAUCAGCCUCUGUCGCAACCAGAGAUACAAGCUUGCCGGAAUGGAGGCGGGCUACGCCUGUUUCUGCGGCAACGAGCUGGACUAUCAUCUCCAUGGCGACGCCCCAAGUUUGGAGUGUAGUCACGGGUGCUUCGGGGACCAGCAGCAGCCAUGCGGAGGAGACGGUCACGUCAUCGUCUUCGACACCAAAGUUGGAGCCUGUGGUGGAAACUACACGGCCGAAUCAGCUGUGAUUUACUCACCAGAUUUUCCAGAUAAAUACGCACCCGGUCGUGUCUGCUACUGGACCAUCCAGGUCCCAGGUGCGUCUGUCAUCUUGUUUAACUUCACUUUCUUUAACAUCAUGGACCAGGCAGAUAUGGUCGAGCUGCUGGACGGACACACCAAUCAGGUGGUGGCGAGGUUCGAUGGCCGAAACCCACCGCGGGAAAUCGUGAACGUCAGCGCAGACUUUGUUAUCCUGUAUUUCUACUCCGACAGGACAAACCAGGCCCACGGGUUCUCCAUGAUCUAUCAAGCUUACAGAGCACAGAGUGGCAGAUCUGCCGGAGAAGCCGUCACCGGUGAUGUCAACGCCGGCAAACAGGCCACCAGUACGAUAGAUCCACGUUCCGGCAGCGUCACUGAGAGAUCCAACACCAGCAAGAACGACAAGUCCUCUCACAUCCUCUAUCUGAUCACGUCCAGUCCCAAAAAAUCGGAAAACGAAAUGCCAGGUCAGUGGCUCGGCCGGGGCCGGACCGCUGCACAUAACACCAUGUGGGCCAUCUAUGCGCUGGCUGCCCUGCUAACGCUAACCGUGAUAGCCAUGGUGGCGAAGCUAGUUCUUCACAUGACAGUAAAAUCUCCCACCAUUCCCUCGGUCAGCAGUUCAGACUCCUGCUCUCAGAGCACCACCUCAGAGCCGUGGAUUAUCUUCUAUAGACCCUCCACCAUCUCGCUCUUUAAAAAGAAGCUCAAAAACCAUCACGGUGACCUCAGCCCUCUGGUGGGCAACUAACCCCACACAUACACACACACACACACACACACGCACACACGCACACACACAAAUGCACACACACUGUCACAUAAAUUCUACUGGACAGCAGGUAGCAAGUACAAUGGAGCACCUGAUGAGGAACCGGACUGGACAUCAACUGACAGCCAAUCAGACGGUGCCAUCUUAUGUAAGGGGGAGUGGCUUCCACAGCACAGGACCACGACAGAGCCUCCCUCGCAUGAGCAUACGGCCUGGGAAAAGACGUCUGAAUUCGGAAAGCAGGUUUUCAGGUGCACGGAUUCUGGCAGUCGCAGACAGACGAGGAGUUCCAGAUAAGAAUCUCUUGUUAAAAAAGACAGAAAGUACUGUAACGUGGAGCGGCUCGCAUGACCGUCUUAACGCCAAUGCAGACAAUCAGCCUUUUCUACCACACCGAGACCAGAUUCUGUUACAGUCCAUUUUCGCCUCCUUCUUUAUGUAGGUCACCUCUUGUUUGGAACAGGAUUACUCUUUCUCCAGCGGAGAGGACGAACAGGAUCAUGAUCCGGCAAAUAAUACAGCAACAAACAAAAGCGAGAGUGUGUGUGUGUGUGUGUGUGUAAAUCUGCCAUCGCUACAGCACGGGCCAUGCUCCAAACAAACUGGCAUUCCACGUUCCUUCUGGACCUCUGUAAACAGCUUUUCAGUAUUUUUUUUCCAUUUGUUGUGGGUUUUUCAUCUUUUUUUCGUGUCUGGUGUCUGUAAGUGCCUUAAGGGUUGGAAAAUUGUUUGUGUGUACAAUUUCUUUUUUCCCUUUACUUCCCACAGAGCUGUCUUUAAAGGCACAGAGAUGAAAGAUACACAAGUUUCCCAUUACCGCCACUGCAGCCGAUCAGCCAAGACAUGUCUGUUUCUUUCUUUCGUUUUUUCUUUUUUUUUGUAGGUUCGUUCUAGUCUAACGUCAGCGACUCGAGCUAGCGUGUUGAUGUGGUUUUUGACGUUUUCUGACAGACGUUUGUCUGUUUAAGUGUGUCUAAAGAACAUGAGCUGAAAACGAUCUAUAGUUUAUAUUCACUCAGCGCGGAAAAAAGCCUGGCGCUUCGGUUAGCCGUUGAUGCUGAGAGACGUUACGCUGGCGUUUUUUUACGUUUACUUAUCAUUUUUUGACACGUCUGAGGAAAAUGUCUGACAUUUUUGUCUUACUUACCUUUACAUUACCUGUAAAAAGACCCUCAGUGGCUAGAUAGAUAAACCAUUAGCCUCAGGCACUAGCUGGCGUCUAUGCUUGUUGCUUAGCAACCAUGUUCUCACAACUUGAGCCCAUAAAAAAAAAUGAAACAAAUGAAACAGCCUUUAUUUGUCACAUAUACACACAGCACAGUGAAAUUCUUUCUUCGCAUAUCAUAUCAUAUCAUAACAUAUGCUUGUCUUUCCAUGACAGCUAUAAUUUCACAGAUUGUGACAAAACAUUAACAGUUAGCAUCGUUUUUCUAAUAUUAACUCUUUUCUUGCUCGUUUUUCCCAAACAUCUGAGGUAAAUGUUGAUAUUCCAUAUAUUUUUGUCUCAUUUCCAGAAAAGACUACUUAGCUAUAUGCUAGCUUUCUAAAUAAUUAGCCUGCUGUUAUCUAGAUUCAGUGUUUAGCGAUAGCCUUGCAGUUUCAGUGCAAAUCUAAAGAAUUUAAGACAGUAAACAUGUUUUGGCUAAUCGGCUACAUUUGGGAUAAACAGGGACAUUGUAUAACUUUCAUUUUUGUCCAGAUCUUUCCAGCUUGGUCACUUCACUGAGUCGCCGCUAAAAACGUGCUGUGGGAGCCAUGAAAAGCGCCACAUUCUUCCAAAACAAUUCCCUCUUUCUCCUUCUCCUCCUCCUCUUUUUUUCCACGGGUUCUCCGACGUUACAGCACUUCCCACAUUCUUCAGCUUUAAUAGAAUCAGUGCUGUUGUUCUUGGGUUAACUACAGUGCUGCCACCCGGAGUGUCAGGGUCACGGCACCAAAUUCUGUCUAGUCAUGUUAAAUAUUCUGAAAAUGAUCAACAGGGUGAAAGAACGACAGCAAAACAGUCAGGACUACAUGCCGAGCCGCAUGCUACUGUAUGAAAUAACGUCACAAGAUGUGCUUUCUGCCAUUGUAGGGUGACGGUACUGACAUUUUAUAUGCAGUGACGUUAUGCUAAGCGCUAUUUCAGUUAUUUAUUUUCCUGUGAACUGUAUCAUUUGGACAGAUAUGGUAAUACUGGUAAUAUUAAUUCUAUAACACGAUGUAAAAAACCCAACCAACAAUAAUGGAAUAUUCAACACCAUACACUUGACGUUAUAACAAAAGCUAAUUAUUUACUUUUUAUUUAAGAAAAUACUUACACUCAUGCUCAUGAAAACAUUCCAGUUAAAGCUAAUUCAGUGCACUUAAAUUGACUAAAGUAUAGAACUUUAUCUAGUACUGAGGCUGAAUUUGGCCUACAGUAUAAACUUAAAAUGAAACCUCUGAACUUAAAGCCCUUAUAUUUUCAUAUGGAUUUUUGACCAAUAAUUCAGAAAAUGUCUUUACCUUAGUAAUUAGUAAAAAAGAUUUGUUUUUUAGGAUGUUUUAUCAAAUUACACUUAGUUAACAGCCACACAGGCUGCAGAUUAUAUUACUAUUGUUAAUACCCCAACCCCUAACACCUAACCCCAAUCCCAACCCCAAAACCCAAUACCAACCCUAGACCUAACCCCAAUCCCAACUCUAACCCCAAACAUUCCCUUUACCCCAGACCCAAACAUAACCUCUAACCCCAAUCCCAAAACCCAAUAUCAACCCUACCCCAAUCUCAGCCCUAAUCCCAAAACUCAAAACCCAAUACCAACCCUACCCCUAACCCCAAUCUCAAAACUCAGAACCAACCCUACCCCUAGCCACAACCCUAAUCCCAACCCUUACCCUACCCCUAACCCCAAUCCCAACCCUAAACAUACCCCUUACCCCAAUUCCAAACAUACCCCUAACCCCAAUCCCAACCCUAACCCCAAACAUACCCCUAACCCCAAUCCCAACCCUACCCCCGAAUCCUACCUUAAACCCCAAAUCUCAAUCCCACCCCUAACCUCAAACCCCACCUACCCCAAUCCCAACCCAAAUCCCACUCCUAACUCUACCUAUUACCCCAAUCCCAACUCUGCCCCUACCCUUAAUCCCAACCCUAAACCCCAAACCUCAAUCAGAACCAACUGUAAAUUCCAACACCAACCCUAAGCCUAAACCCCAAACCUAACCCACAAACCCAACCCCUCCCUAACCCCAAUCCCAGCACCAAUCCUAAUCCCAAUUCCAAACCUAAUUUAACCCUCGCCCCGAUCCCAACCCUAGUCUACACUGUUAAAGACUUAUAUAUGUAAAUCAGAGCAAUAAAUAUACAAAAUAAUAAAUCUGCAUACACUUAACUGUGGAUAAUCCCAAUAUAAUCCCAGUAUCAGUUCAGAUACACUGAGAUGCUGUGUGAAAAAUUCAAACAUUCACAUUUCAGUGCUUGUGUAAUGGAGUACGGUAGAAAUCUUCCAGAAAAUUCUAUUGUGUUGUCUUCUCAUCCUGAUACUGUAUAAGCCCCAGCUUUAUUGUUUGUUUGGAAAAGAUCCGAUUUCAGCAGAAACCCAGGAAACACUCGUGCCUCCUUAAUUGUACAGAUGAAACGAUGUUAAAGGAACAAGUCAGUGACAGGAAAGUUCACAGUUCCACAUUUACUGCACAUGUCUGUUAUCUGUUAUUGUGACUUCUGUAAAUCAGCCAUUUUGUGUGUUCCAUUUCUCACUGUUUGUGGUUGAACUGUUCCUUUAAUGCAGCACUUUUGUGUACUGAAAAAUCCUGUUCUUCGCUUUGCAUUUGCAUUUUUUAUGCUUUAAUUUUUAAGGAAUUGUCUUCCAACCAAAACUGUACUGUAAUUUCUUUUCUAUUUUUUUUUUUCUAAAAAAGCUAGGUGUGUGCUGAGGUUACAUUUCCAUAUCGCUCCACAGGCUAAAGAUUUAGCACGAUUUUGUCUUUUCAAAAAAGCAAAAAUCUACACGUUUACCUUCACCUGUGCUCAUUAGGGAUUUUUUAUUUUUAUUUUAACUGUACGUCUUAAAUCGUGGAGUUUGUACACUUUUGUAGUUCAUAUGCGAAUGAUGCUGAGGAACGAAGUGCGGUGGAUGCUUUUACAGCUACAGAGCAGGAGAAAAAAAACGUUAGCAUGGCUGUGGUUCCUGAGGUGAUGCCACAUGCUGAUGUGUUAUUUCCGUUUAGCUAACAUUUUAGCGUUUGAUUUUAGACCUUAGUGCCAUACAAAUAUCCAGAUAUGUAGUGUUAGAAUUUGGCUCAGGGCAAAAUUUCUGGUAAAAAUAAUAAAAAUAGUUGCUGAUUGUUUCUAUUCUGUUAGCUGAAGAAUUGAAACUAAGUCACAUUCACAAGUGAGAGCCUGAGAAACAAUUCUCCUAGCUGAAAUUCCCAAGUUUUUGACUGGUUAACGAUCUAAAUCCGUUCAUCAUGGCGAUGAUCUCAGGGGUCGAUGUUAGGAACCUUUUAAUUCUGUUUUUUUUUCCUAUUUAAAUGCUAGUACCAUCCCGAAACUCUACUUAGCAUUCGGUUAGUUAGUUAGUUAAGUAGCUAGCAUUAGCCGUACACUUCAAAACAAGGAAUCCGUAAUGAGCAUAGUUGAUUUAAUGGCCUGCUUUAAAUUUGUCCAAAAAUCUCAGGUUACACACACAGCUUAAAAUCGACUUUUAUCAGCACACACCUAGAGAACACGACAUGGACGACGUUCAGAAACGUCGCAGCACUUAUUUGACGUGUGAUUUUGCUGUGGGAUUUAUUUUUUUUGGUGGCAUUCCUGCUGCCAGCAUCGCAUCUGUGACUAAUUGAGUACUUGUCAUAUUUUUUGACCUCAAACUUUACAUUCUUUCCAGCUUUGUUUGUUUCCAGUUUUUCUAAAGAUAAGAUGCCGUCGUGUGACUGUUCCAUUUUAAUCGUCCUAGGGAAGGCAGAAUGCGUAAUAGCCCCUGACCGUAAUAGUGAAUAGCGAGAUGAAAAAGGGCCUUGUGUGUGUGUGUGUGUGUGUGUGUGAGCGACCUCAGACUUCCAGUAAAGGACUCUCUCUUCCUGCUCUGAUCUCCCAGACGAGCGAACGCCGCAGUCCCGCCUGUCAUAAUUACCGCAUGAAUAAAUCCGAGUCAUGGAGAAACUCAUGCAUACAAAAACUCAGAAAGAGAGAGAGAGAGAGAGAGGGAGGGAGAGAAAGGAACACACACUAACCCAGAAAACCAAAACUGACAGCUCCAAUUCAUCAAGGUCACAUUAACGACGGACGAUAGCAUCCUGCACCAUCCUGCCUCCACACACACACACACACACAGCUCCCUCUGCUUCAUCCCAACACAACACAACACAAGGCAGAUCCAGACCUUUCAGGGACGUUCGGGAGGAAAAAAAUAAAUAAAUGUCAUUGUCGUUCAAAUUGUAAAUAGUGAGAUUUUUUAAUUUAUACAGUAAGUUAUUUUGGACUUUCAAAUGGGACAUAAUCUAUCUUUUGUAUAAGUGAAGUACGUUUCUAGUUUUUAUUUAAUGUGUUCUGACUGCCAAAUAAAUAUGCAUGUUUCUUAUAA